ACAGCAAGUGUCUCUCAACAUGGUUGCAAACAUUAAAGUUUUCGUCUUUCUGAUGCUGACAGCACAUCAGAGUUGCUUUGGAUAUUACAUCAGGAAGACGGAAGAAUCGUCACCGACAAAACAACAAACUGCAUCUGCCAUCAAAAGUCAACGCAACGAUGAAUGGGGCGCAAUCCAGAAUACCCUCGGACUCUCCCAAGAAAAAGUGGAAUUGCUCAAGUCACAAAAAGAUCAACAGGGCACAAAGGAGCUGUUGAACCGUUUCAUCAAGGAGAAUCCCAAGUACCUAACAGCGACCAAAAAUAAACAUACAAAGACAAAUGCUAAUGCUAAUGCAAUCAAGCCACCAAGUUAUCAAUUCAAACGACUUCUACGAGCCUUGGCCCAGAACCUGAAGAGCUCGAACCGCAUGCUGAAAACGUCCUUUAACUUCGAACUGGCCGACAGGCCGCUGAAGUCCCUAAAGCGACCCCGACGCAAGAUUGCCGUCAAGAUGGUGUCGGACAUGUCCUCGGAACACGUAGACAAUCUGAUCAAAAUGUUCUACGAGAAGCAUAACAUUCAACCCGAACCCGACUACUAUAACGACCGAAUUGUCCAGGACAACGAAGACGAGGGCGAUUACAGCGAACAGGACAUUCCACGACAAUCAUCAUCCGAUGUCGAUCCCGACUCCGAUUACGAAUAUGAUAAUCUGUACGACGAUGAACGAGAUGUUGGUCUCACGGCCAAGAUGAACCGCAACCUGGAAUACGGUUCGUUCCAGGACCUAAUUCUGCAGGCGAAUCGUAAUGAAUGGGAACGUGAGCAUGAGGAGACUAAGUUGCAUAAUACCAGCAAUGAUCACUUCAUUUAGAUACGUUCUAAGGGUUGUUCAUAUGCUGGCAUUGAACAUCAAUCACUUGGUCAAUACUCAUCAGCUUUAACUGGGCCUGUUUCGAUUAAGAAGAGAAACAUUUUUGUUAAUAACUAUUAAUUAUUUAUUUGCUAAUAUUCUGCUACUUAUAUA